AUGUACAACAUGAAUGACAAAGAGGUGUUGCCCCUAGCGGAGUGUCGAAUCCUGGUGAAAAGCCCGUCUGAAGAGGUCGUGAAGGACCAUGCUCUUGUAGAUGGCAGCAGCGGAGCUUUGGCCCUGCUUCCCAGAGUUACUGGGACUCACAGCAUCUGUGUCCACUGUGCAGCGCAGGGUUCUUCACUUCUGGACUUCGGCCACAGGAGGAAGUUGCGAUGGUCCAUUGCUUUCGACGUCCUUGGUGCUUCCAGCAUGGGUCUGCUGCCGGACCCAAAAAACGCAGCCAGCCUCUCACUCUUGAAAGGCACACAGGCUCAGGUGGACCUGAUUCUGGAAAGAAUAAAUGCCAUCAGCACAGAAAAUGAGUAUGAGAAAAGCUUUGAGGCCAAGUUCGUGAAGGCUUCAGAAGCCGUGAACAUGGAUGUGGCAGCAUUCAAGUUUCUGCAGAUACUUCUCAUUACCGGCGUGGCUGCUUUUCAGACACUUGGAUGCACAAUCUGGCUCCACGCAUUCUGCAACAUGACCGAUAUCUUGAUUUACGGGUUUGCGUGUUUGCCUUAG